AUGUUACUCAGUGAAGAACAACAGCAGAUGAUCGGAAUAGCCGGACGAGUCUCCUCAAGUCUUUCGAUUCUGGGGUCUUUCACAAUUAUCAUCACUUUCUGCUCGUCCCGCUAUUUUCGAAGCCCCAUUCAUCGAAUCAUCUUCUUCAAUUCCUUCUAUAACUUGCUAGACUCGGCAGGAACCAUGAUAUCUGUUGCAGGGCCUGCAGCAGGCGAUACGUCCGCGUUAUGUCAGUUUCAGGGGUUUACUCUUCAAAUGUUUCCUAUUGCAGAUGUACUAUGGACCUUUGCGAUGGCGAUCGAUACUUACCUAGUGGUUUUCCAUCAUUUUGAUGCUCAUUUGUUACAUAAGCUCGAGCUCAAGUUCAUCGGAGCGAUCUCAGCCUUGACUUUCAUCCCAGCCUUUGUUUUCCUCUUUAUUCGUACGGCAGAUAAGGGUCCAAUUUAUGGCGGCGAAACGAUUUGGUGCUCCAUAUCACCAAACUGGAUGCUGAUCCGACUGAUCCUCUAUUAUAUCCCCGUGUGGAUCAUCAUCACUAUUGUGAUGAUAAUUUACUGCCUUAUUGGUGUCGAGAUCUCGAGAUUACGAGACGACUUCAAAUUAACCGAUGACGACAAUAUUGCUUUGACAUCAUCUUCAACAGCCCCCAACCCCUUUGAUAAUUCCGAUAGCAGUGUGACAACUAUCGUGGAGGCUAAUGGCCGCGUCAAGUCUAUGCCUGGCUCCAAUGCACAUAUCACGAGCGAAUCAUCGGUCGAGCUCCCCUCAACCCAUCGUCAAGUGUUAUCAGUGCAUGCCAAUACCUCAAAUUCAAGGCCUACCGCCCAGAGACGUGUGUCGUUCAAACAAUAUAUACUUAUGCCUUCAUUAUUCUUUUUGGCUUUGUUGACAACGUGGGUUGCACCGACGAUCAACCGAGUGUCUCUAUUUAUUCGACCUGAUCACCAGUCCUAUGAUUUGCUGCUGGCGGUGAGUGCGCUGGGAUCUUUGCGGGGGUUUUGGAAUGGGGCAAUAUUCAUCACAAUGGGCAUGAAAGGUUGGAAGAGGAGAGCGUGGGAAAAUAAAGGGGCAAAUGGAAAG